AUGCCAUCCAUCGUCACCAAGCUGCAGACCCUCAAAGUGCGACAGCUGCAAAAACUGGCGCUUUCGAUAGGGAUAUUAUCAUCCGGGGCCAAAAAGGAUUUGAUCAAUCGUUUAACUGAGACAUUCCAAACGUAUGACCGUCACGGACGCGGCCAAAGUGACUUAACGGCGAGACAUGAGUCCGCAAAAGCCAAACUACAAGAACAAAGGAACCCAGCACUUAUGAGCAUCCUGAGCAUUGAUAUGGGAAUCAGAAACUUGGCUUACGCACAUAUACUUGUUUCCUCCCGUUUCGAGACUGAUACGAGUCUUGAAGGGACGACCCAACCUAUAUCACAACCUCUCUCUACGGCGAAGAUAUCCCUAAAUGCAUGGGAUCGACUUGCAAUCUCUUCGUUCCCAUCACAUGAGAUCCAAAGGGACCCCUCAGCAAUGCCGAUUUCAAAAUUAGGCGGGCUAGGAAAAGUUGUGUCUCAAUCUUCGUCUUACCUGCAGGAAGGAGAGGAGCAAACUGAAAGGGAUCCCAAGGAGCACUUUGCACCGUACCUAUAUGCUUCUCAUGCGUAUACGCUUAUCACCUCGCUCUUGGAAGCAUAUAAACCGACACACAUCCUAAUUGAGCGGCAACGGUUUCGUUCUGGGGGUAGUAGUGCGGUUCUAGAAUGGACUAUUCGCGUUGGUGUGUUUGAGGGCAUGCUCUAUGCCGUUCUACAUACGUUACGGCAACAAGGGAAAGGGGGGCUUGCCAGACCCUUUGUACAAGGAGUUGACCCACAGAGGGUGGUGAGAUAUUGGACAAAUGAUGAAAAGAAAGAGGACAUAGCAGCAGAUUCGAAAAAAAGAGUCAGCUCCAAAGAAGGCAAAAAGGCAAAAAUCGACUUAGUUGGGAGAUGUUUAUCUCGAAGCGUUGGUGUGGACCUUGACAUAGCCUCAAAGGCGGAAAUACCUCUAGAACUUGGCCUAAUUGACGGGAGCCAGGCAAGGGAUAUUGUUCAAGCAUAUCUCAAUAAGUGGAAUGGCGGAAGCAGAACCUCAAAGAAAGGGGCCGUUAGGGUCAGUACAGAACAAAAUAACGAGAGGAUCGAGAACAUUGGAAAGCUCGAUGAUUUAGCGGACUCUCUUCUGCAGGGGAUUACAUGGUUAGAAUGGCAAAAGAUGACCGAAAAGUUACUGUAUAGCAAUGCAGCUAUUCCUAUCUAG